CCAUCUAUGUUAUAUUUUGGUGUGAAGAAACUGAGGCAUUCAUAUGGGAAGAAAACGGGAGAAUCAUAUAGAUUGAGAGCUUCAUCCCCUCUUUAAACAGCCUCAGAGCCUUGCAGAGAGCUGAUAUAAGAAGGAGAAGAAUUAAGAAGAAGAAGAGAGGAGGAUAAUAAAGAAAGAAAGCUGAAGAUUUUCUUUUAUUUUUUUUUAUCAGGACAAUAGGGAAAGAAUUAACCAUGGUUUCUAGGGAGAACAAGAGAGCAGCACUGCAUGAGAAGCUGCAACUUCUUCGUUCCAUUACUAACUCUCAUGCUCUAAACAAAACCUCAAUCAUCAUGGAUGCAACCAAGUACAUUGAAGAGCUAAAACAGAAGGUAGAGAGACUGAAUCAAGAUAUGGAAGCUGCACAAACUUCGAGCCACCGAAAUCCAUUGCCUAUGGUUACAGUAGAAACCCUAGAGAAGGGUUUUCUGAUAAAUGUAUUUUUAGAUAGGAGUUGCCCUGGCUUGCUUGUCUCCAUAUUGGAAGCAUUUGAAGAACUGGGUCUUAAUGUGCAGGAAGCUAGGGUUUCUUGUACUGAUAGUUUUCGAUUACAAGCAGUUGGAGGGGAGAACGAAGAACAAGGCGAAUGCAUGGAUGCUCAGGUGGUGAAACAAGCAGUGUUGCAGGCUAUUAAGAAUUGGAAUGAGAGUACUGAACAAGAGUAAUAUAUAUAUAUAUAUAUAUAUAUGAUCAAAGUCUUGUUUUUAUAAAUUAAUAUCGUUAAUUAAUUGUCAUUUUAAUUUCCAUCACUUUUGUUUAAUCUAUUGUUGAAGCUAGCUUGUUUAGGUUGAGAGUGUUGUUAAUCAAGAGAUGAAAUGCUCCGAAUUUAAGUCAUAAUUCGGGGAAGGCAAAUUUAGAAAUGAAAUGCAAUUAUAUAUAUAUAAAAUCAAAUGUGUGUUUUCUCUAA